AUGGACAUGCUAACACCGAAGCCGUUUCUCAGCAGCAUUACUGGCAAAAAAGUUAUCGUGAAGCUUAAAUGGGGCAUGGAAUACAAAGGCUAUUUGGUGGCCGUUGACAGAUACAUGAACCUUCAACUCCACAGCACAGACGAAUAUAUCGACAAUUGCUUCACUGGAAGCCUUGGUGAAGUUCUUAUACGAUGCAACAACGUUCUGUACAUAAGAGAGUGUGAAGAUGACUCGAAAACUGAUAUGGACUGA